UCUUCUUCUCAUACCGGCCAAUACUGCAUUUCCCUUUUCCCUCUCCAUGGAUAGGGCCAAAUAAAAUCAACUCGGCCAAACUCUGAGGGCUGAGGGCAGGUCAAUGAUGAAUUUGCCGGGCCCUAAGUCAUGGCAGGUUUAGCUAAGACUAAGAUUUUUAAAAUCUCGGCCCAACUCGACCCAAUAGCAACCUUGAGGACCCGUCCUUGGCCGGCACGCCGCUGUACUGAGUGUACUGGUAGGUACUAGGGAGGGUGACUCCCCAACUCCAGCCAGGUGUUCCUCGCACUAGAGAGACACACAAACGGGUGUAAGGGAGGCGCCGCUGACGGCGGGAGAGAGAGAGAAAGACAAGGCAGCGACGCACCCUCGUCGCUUUCUCUUUCUCUCUAUCUUCUCGUAUCAGAAAUUCAGGAUUCGGAAGUCAAAGACUCAAGAGAGAUGAAAGCUACUAUUAAGGGGAGAUACGGUACCGAAAAAAGCAGUUCCUCUGCAACUCUCGCCUUUAAUGCCGGCGAUGUUAAGCUCCGUGCUUCCAUGACAGACGCCACAGUCGCCAAUGGUCCCAGCUUAAAUGGUCUUGCUCUUUCUCUCGAGAAGCCCGGUUCCUUCAUUAUCGAUUACAAUGUUCCCGAAAAGGAUGUGAGCUUUCUGUUCAUGAAUACGGUUAAGGUUUCGGAUAAACCUUUGAAUUUGACUUACUUUCAUGGGCGCGGUGAUAACCGGACGAUUUUAGAUGGUACUCUUGUCUUCGAUUCAGCUAACAAGGUUUCAGCUAAUUACGCUUUGGGUUCUGGGAACUGCAAAUUGAAGUAUACAUAUGUGCAUGGAGGGGUCAGGACCUUUGUGCAGUGCUACGACUUCACCAAGAAUGCGUGGGAUUUUGCGUUGUCGCAAAGGGUUUAUGGGGAGGAUGUGUUUACGGCUUCGUAUCAGACAUCUAACAAGGUCUUGGGCCUGGAAUGGUGGAGAGAUUCCAAGAGUAAGGGGUCUUUCAAG